CUUUUACAGUUGCAAACAUUUUUUCAGACAUUUCUGAGGGCUGCUUCUCCUCAGCAGGCUUUGGAUGACAUGAAAGAGGCAAUAAGCAAACUCUUGUUGAUAACUGAGGUUUUCAGCGAAGCAGCACUGCCUCAGCCACAAACUACUAGGCAAUGCAGUUCUUGCUUUCAGAUGUUAACUUUUGAUAUUGGAUUUGGACACACUUUUUAUCCUAUUGUUCUUGAGGUACAUGAAUAUUUUGAUUUUCAAGCUGAUGAAGAUUCAUUUUCAGAGGACCAAAGUGUUAAAGAAAUUCUUCUUAGAGAUACAUUUCGUAUCCUGUUAUCAAAUCAAACGUCUUCUUCCACUUUCUUUGAAGCUAUGCAGAAUGUGUAUCGAUCAGCAAGAAUUAAGGAUGACCAUCUCAAGGAGAAUUCUGAUUAUUGCCUAACAUUAGAAGAAUUAAAUCCAUUGAUUAACUUUGUGAAAGGGAUUCAAAAUCCAGGCGAGUUUGAAUUGCUUUUCCCUUCUGCUGUUCCUAAAAUCCAUUUUUUGCUGCAUGAUCUUUAUCGUAUAGUGAACCCAGGAAAAAAGCUUAACUCCAUCCUAGCUCUUCAUUGGUUUCUUUCAAGUUUAUUUAAACAGUUCCAAGGAAUUAGCAAUAUAGCAUCUGCAAACCUUCCAAAAGGGCAAAACCGUUCAAGAAAUAAGUCUUUGAUGACAGCUAAAUGGUCAAAUCUUGGGAUUUCUUAUUCAGAAAAAGACAACAUUCAACUAAGGGUAUCCUCCCCAGUCAAGGAAAAAGAUAAAGAACUACACAUUUUAAAGCUGGCUAAAGAAAUGCAUUGCAGUCAUGAUAAAGAUACACUACCUCAUAUCAGGCAGAUCAUCACUAGCCCGCAUUUGGACUUAAAUCCUAAUUUUGACCCCAAAAUCAAAGAAUACUACACUGAGGUGCCUUUUGAUCUUUUGACGAUCAAGAUUAGAGCAGAACCCAUGAAUUGUCAAGGCGAAGCUCACUUGGAUGAGAGACAAGGACCAAGCUCUGCACAUUACCCACUUGGGUUAGGUAUAAACAUAGUAAUUAUUGUGGUAACAGACAAGUCUCAAUCAGUCAAUGAGAUUGUGAGCAUCUACAAAAUCAUCAUUUUCCGUGAAGACCGUCCAAGCUUGCCAUUAUUUGAUGAUUUCAUGCUGUGUGGUUUUAUACAGGAUUGUGGCUCAGUCAUUCAUCCUGAGGAAUCCUGUGGUUUGCAGCCUCUCUCUGCUGAAUACCUGGCAAUCGUUUCACAGCCACAGUUGAAGACAUGUGAAAUGGGGGAUGUAAAAGGACAGUGGAUUGUUCCUUGCCUUAGUUGUUCUGAUAAUAGAACCUGUGAUUGGAGGCAGAUAACAUGGCAGCCAAGAAAUUGUCAAUACCCUGUUCUGAAUAAACCAGAACUCCAGAAGUGUGUUGAAAGAAAAAAGGUUCUUUUUAUUGGUGAUUCCACUAACAGAGGGAUGAUGUAUUACCUGAUAGAGAGAGUGAAUGAGACCCUUCAAGAAUGGCAAAAGGCACAUGGCAUGAAGUUUUAUCACAAUGUGAACAAUGGGAGCACUUUCAUUAGUUAUUCAUAUUAUCCCCAAUUCUGGAUCAGUGUCAGUCAAAGAUCUACAUUUGAAGAAGCUCUAGAGCAGCUGCUAUCCAGAUCACAGCCAUUAAAGAAUACAGGCCAAACCAUACUAGUUAUUGGUGGAGUCCAAUGGCUUAAUUUCAGUCAUUUGCAUAUUAUUCAAAAAGUACUGAAGCGAAUGAAUCUCUCAAAUAUAAUGGUAGUGAUAAAAUCCCUAGGAAUGGGCUUUCAUCUGCCAGUAGAUGGAGUACACACUUUGUCAUCAGUAGAAAUACAGAAUUUGUGGAAAGAAAAUCUUGCUAUUCUAAACACUGCAAAACACUACGGUUAUGAGGUAGUUGAUACGUUCAUUAUUACAAUGGGACGGUACAAGGAAUUUUUGCAAGGGAAAUGUGGAUGUCAUUUUCAUGAGGUGGUGAAAUCAAAGGCAUCUGAAAAAAGCUUUCCUAUAGCAACAACAUUCUCAAGACCUUACGUUCUGGGCAAAUAUUUCAACAACCAAAGUAACGUUGCAAAACUGCAAGCUUAUGCAUCCAAUUCUCAAUCUCCUUAUCAUGUGAGAGGCCCAAUCAAUCAAGUUUAUUCUGAAAUACUCCUCAGCAGGAUCUGUGGGAACAACAGAAAGGAUGCCAGCGUGUAAUUUUGAAUGGUAGGCAUGUAGAGCUCAAAGACUCCCCAUUUUCCCCCGGAGUGGCUCACUGAUCCUCUCAGAUUUACUACACAUUUCCCUGAAAGGCGGAACAGAUUAGCAUAAUUCAAGACAUGUGGGCAUUUCAUCAAAGCCUUAGAAAAUCAAGAUGGAUCUUCAAGGAUUUGUGGUUUCAGAGG